AUGAGGAGGCUAUCCCCAAAAAAUUGAAAAAUUUGAGAGAUAGCUAUAUGAGAGCUAGGUCCACAAUUUCAAGAAGGGUUUCGUCUGGGUCCUCUGCCGAGCAGAAAUUACAUGCAGAACGUAUCCGCAGGAACCACAAGCAUUUUGAGCUGCUCACAUUUUUAGAUAAGACCUUGGCAACGAGACCGACUAUCUCAAAUCUUGAGAGCACCUCAGGAAACUCGACACCGGCAGAUAGUCCGCCUCGUUCCCCUCUCUUCCAUGAAACUCCUUCAACCUCCCGAGGAAGGCAAGGAGAGCCAUCAUCCUCUAGGGGAAGGCAAGGCCAAUUAUCCUUGCAGGAUGAGGCUUUUCUUGAAGCCAUUAAGGAGUUGAGGCCAAUGGAGAGGAGGGAGGCAACUCCCAUAGAACAGUUUUGCUCACGACUGGCAGAUGGGUUGUCAAAACUGCCAAGGAAUGUGAGCAACAAUUUGCAAGUAGAAUUUUUGACAAAGUUAGUGGAGCAGGAAAAUAUCCAUUUGUGAUUUUAUUGUUUAUAUUAAAAUAAUCAAAAGUGAAAGUCUUUUCAUAACUCCCUGUCAUCAGUAUAAAAUAAUU